AUGCCGCAACAGAUACUUCCAGCUCCGCCAUCUUCUUCUGACGGCUUCUCUCAACAGCCAGUGGCCAUGGAGUCACAUACUUCGCAUCCUCAAGGCUCUAUGAGCCCAGAACAAAGCUUUGCCGGCUACUCUUACUCAACUCGAUACUCUACUCCUGUUCGUGACGAUGACUCUUCUGUGUAUGAGCCAUCAACUGUCUAUUCUCAAAGAAGUGAUGUUUCGUUUCAAGGCUAUGCUGGAGGUCUAGGUAUCACAAGCAACCCUUAUGGUCCUUUGCCCGAUGAGAUCGGCUACAAUAACCAUCUCCCGUACACUCCGGAAGCGUCACCUUCAGCACCUUGCUCAUUUAGCGACGCAAUUACUACUCGCAGUGGUCUCAAUAUCGCUAAGAAAUCGCUUACCACACGAUCACCAGCAGUCAAAACUGGUCGAGUUCAGAAGAGAAGCCGUGCAGAGAAAUCCAAGAAUGCCACUAACAUGCUUUCAAAACCGCUUUCCGAAGCUGCCAGAGACUUUCCCGAUAUUCACGUUGCUGACAUCGAGGCCUUUGUCAGUCGGUCAACUGAAGAGAGACUAUCGGAAACUUCGCGUAACAAAAAAGCUGGUCAGAUCAAACGUCCCAUGAAUGCUUUUAUGCUAUACCGAAAGGCGUACCAGGAAGUCGCUAAGACGCAAUGUUCUCAAAACAACCACCAGCAUGUCUCAAAAGUCUGCGGUGCCGCAUGGGUUUUGGAGCCAGCGCAAAUCAAGGAGAAUUUUGAUCAAUGGGCAAGAAUAGAGCGUGUGAACCAUCAGCGCGCACAUCCCGGAUACAAGUUCACACCCUCGAAGCCACGAAAGACCAAACGUGAUGGGGAUGGCAAUGACGACUAUUCAGACAACGACUCAGACUGGAACGCCGGACGUGCCCGGAAGUCCAGAUUCCGCCAUGCUACACGACUAAGCGAGACACCAGUCGCCUACGAUGCUGCGGGUAAUGCGAUCGGAGAGCCAGCCGUGCCAUCUUACCAUGACAUGUAUGCCUACCCGGCUCUAGGUCGGCCUCAUUCACUGCCAUACGAUGAUAUCGCACCCAGCUCCUUUGAUAUGGGCAUUUGUCAGUACAGUGGACUCAAUAUCAACGGCGAAGUGAUCAGCAGAACCCCUUCUCCUGGUGCCAUCGACUACCCUGUACAUGGGCUUGAUGGAUUCGCCAACUACUACGGACCGCCUGGAUCAAGUUUUGACAAUGCCGCUCCCCAUCUCUUUGGACCUGCGCAGUACGAUGUUUAUGAUGAGAUCCCUGCCAGCGUCCCUUUUGACCAAGAAGGCUGGAUGUCUCACAUGGAAAGUGGUCAAGACCUGAUGCCAGUCAUGGGGGGCUACGAAGACACCAUAGCACAAGACGUAUACUUGAAGGGAAGCAAAGACGAUUGGAAAGUCGAAAUCAUGGACGAGCCUGGUCACUUCGAGGAUUGGUAUGCACAGACCGAGCAGGGGCUCCAGUGA